UCUCAGGGCCGUCAAUAUUCCAAACUCCACGCCAUCGUAAUCCGGAAGCCGUUCAUCAGUUUUAUCCAAUAGGCUUUGCGGAUAGAUCGAACAGUGACUCUGCCGUUGUGGUCUGCCUUCGAGCUGAUGAGGCGGAGGAAAUGUCGAUUGACCUUUGCAGCAGGGCGUUUGGCGCCCUCUCAUUGGCAGGGUCCAGAAAACGUGUCGGAUGCAGUGGCCGUCGAGGCAGCUACAGAUCCCAAGCCACGUGAGAGAUGGAAGACAUGCAGACGGCCUCACUUCCGGCGGCUUUGUCCGACCUCAGUACCUCUCUAGCGCAUACGGCUACAGCCUCGUUCGCCGGCGCAGGUACGGAUCCUACUGCUGCUCUACAUGCUCACGCUGGGCCUGACUCUACUCUCGGCAUGCUUGGUGGUCUCUUUCUGCGUCUCGUCUACUUCAUACCGAGCCUUCUGUAUUGGAUCAUAAGCUUUGUCACCCUAACACUCCCGAGAUGGCUAUUCAGAUUCCUGUCAACAAGCUUGACAUUCACCAUGAACAUGACGACCAUUCUGCUGAUGUUGCUGUUGUUUGCGUCUACGGUUGCGUGGUUUGUUCGGUACAGGUUUCUGAACAUGUACGCUCGACUGCCUCCCAAGCCGCAGAUGAAGGACCCUCAGAUCGAGAUCUUCCCGGACACGCAAGAAGCAGACAGCAAGCCUGGGCUCGCCAACUACUUCGAUGAGUUCUUGAGUGCUAUCAAGGUCUUUGGGUACCUGGAGCGGCCGGUCUUCCAUGAGCUUACUCGGACGAUGCAAACGAAGAGGCUCAUUGCAGGUGAGACACUGCUACUGGAAGACGAGAAAGGCUUCUGUCUGGUCGUGGAUGGCUUGGUGCAGAUCUUCGUCAAAUCGAGGCGCCCUUCGGAUCCGGAUGGCAGCGGUGAUUCAGCGAUUCCCGAGGACGACAUCGCAGAGGAACGGCCGAAUGCUAACCGAAGCUAUCAAUUGCUCACGGAAGUGAAGAACGGCGCUCCUAUGUCAUCAUUGUUCUCGAUCCUUGCGCUAUUCACCGACACAGUCAAGCUCAGAUACGACGACGAAGACGAGCCUGCUCUUGAGACAAGCAACUCCGUACUCAACUUCAAGCAUCACAGUCGCUUCCCUUUCCCUCACAUUGACGGCUCAAGCACUCCUAUCUCGGGUGCAGAGAGCCCUUUUGUUGGUGGAAUGUCACGGCCGUCGCCGAGGCAGAAGCAGCUGUCAAAAGAGCCACCGCCCCUCAAUCUUGAUGGCCCUAUCGACAUGAACCACCUUCAGCCGACCGAAGGUUUCCGACCGAGCAUGUCUCGCACAGAUAGCUACAUCCCAAGGCGGCACCGGAAGCGAGACUCUGCUCAUCCGGAUAUUGUGGCAAGAGCAACCGUGGACACGACCAUUGCCAUCAUACCAGCAAGUGCUUUCCACCGCAUUACGCGAAUGUACCCGAAGGCCACAGCACAAAUUGUUCAGGUUAUCUUGACCAGACUCCAACGCGUAACGCUGGCUACCGGACACGCAUACCUAGGCUUGACGAGCGAAGUCUUGCGUACUGAACGCCUGAUGGACAAGUACACAUCGUACGAUCUGCCGGACUUCCUGCGUGGCGAAGCGCUACAGCGACUGAAGGACAAGUUCCGGAAGGAGCAAGAACGGAUCGAUCCCGAAGACGGUUCGAAAGGCAUCGCCUUGCAUAACCCCCGGAUUGCACAGCGAAGACGAACGAGUAGUAGUCUCCGGCGAGGCACAGCGGCGAAAGCACGCUUCGCCGUUCGGAAUGGCAACACGCAAGCGAAGGCAGCUGAUGUCGAGUACCAUGGCGUCAGCGCAGGCGAUCUACUCACGAACAUGCAUGCGGCACGGUCUAAUGGACGGAGCCGGAAUGCUGGAUCAUUCUCUCAGCCCUAUUCUGCGCCCAAGAUGGUCAAUGGCGACAUACUCACUCCGGUCCACGGAUCGCAUCACGAGCAAUUCGACAUUGAUCAGACCCCGCGAGCACACAUGCAACGACAGGAGUCAAUGGAUGAAGACCUCCUCUUCCGUGAAGCCAUCGUCGAGUGUAUGGCGAAAGCGGUCGGUCUGUCACACAAGGUUGGCGUCACUAAUCAGCCAUCAGCCGCGCAAUCACCCGCAUUAGUGUCGUAUGACCCCAAGCGUCAGAGUGCCGUCUUCAAUAAUGCUUUUGGUUUGAUGGACCUCUACGAUGGCUCAGCAGAUGACUCCGACUCAAUAGCUUCCAUGUCCGCGUAUAGCACCAAUGGCUCCGUGAACAUCUUGGAGGAUCUGCGGGACGAAGUGGAAAUCGUGUACUUCCCGAAGGGCUCCGUCCUCGUUGAGGAAGGUGAGCGCAAUCCGGGCCUGUACUACAUCAUUGAUGGCUUCCUCGAUGUAAGCGCUGCCGUAGACGGCAACGAGAGCAACAUGGACAUCCUAGGAACGAAGGGUGCACCUUCGCGGGUACCGGUGCCAGAUAUGCUACGACCUAGGAGCGACAAGCUCCGACCUGGCUCGCGUUCCCGCUCUCGGGACGCGAGGUCUACAGCCAACAAACAAAGCCUUUUCCUGAUCAAGCCUGGCGGACUGGCGGGCUACCUUGGCACUGUAUCCUCAUACCGUUCGUUUAUUGAUGUCACAGCCAAGACGGAUGUCUAUGUGGGCUUCCUACCGCGGAACGCUGUAGAAAAGAUCGUCGAGCGCUAUCCAAUCGUACUGCUGACGAUGGCCAAGCGUCUGACAAGCCUGCUACCAAAGCUGAUACAGCACAUUGAUUUUGCGCUAGAGUGGGUGCAGGUCAAUGCGGGCCAAGCGAUCUAUCACCAAGGUGAAGAGAGCGAUGCUAUCUACAUUGUGCUCAACGGUCGUCUUCGGGCAAUACAGGAGAGUGAAGACGGCGAUAUGAAAGUCGUUGGCGAAUACGGCCAAGGCGACAGUGUCGGCGAGCUCGAAGUGCUUACAGAGUCUGCUCGUCCGGGUACGCUGCAUGCGAUCCGUGACACGGAGCUGGCAAAGUUCCCGAAGACUCUGUUUAAUAGCUUGGCUCAGGAGCAUCCGGGUAUUACGAUAAAGGUGUCAAAGAUCAUCGCCUCACGGAUGCGAGCAUUGAUCGAGAAUCCGAUGACUGAGCCGGCAGCGCAGGAGAGCAAGCUCGCCGUGUCCCGUCCAAAGGUGACAUCCACCGUCAAUCUACGCACCGUGGCGAUCGUGCCAUGUACGACAGGAGUGCCGAUCAUGGAGUUUGGCAAUAAGCUGCACGCUGCGCUCGUUCAGAUUGGCGCAACGGGCGGCGUUAUCACGCUUAAUCAGUCCUCGAUCCUCAGUCAUUUAGGCAGGCACGCAUUCAGCAGGAUGGGGAAGCUGAAGCUGUCCCAAUAUCUGGCAGACUUGGAAGAGAAGUACAGCCUUGUGUUAUAUGUCGCAGAUACAAGCGUCAAGUCGCCGUGGACACAGACGUGCAUAAGCCAGGCGGACUGCAUCUAUCUUGUUGGUCUUGCCGAAGGCUCAGCCGCCAUCGGCGAAUACGAGCGCUUUCUGCUGACCACGAAAACAACGGCCCGCAAAGAGCUGGUCCUGCUACAUGCGGAGCGGUAUUGUGCGUCAGGUACUACACGAGCAUGGCUUCGCAAUCGGCCUUGGGUAAACGGUGGCCAUCAUCACGUCCAGAUGGCGUUCCGCAGCGCCGAGGAGCCGGUGCAUGCUCGACCAAAGCGUUUCGGUAACACAAUCAAGCAGCAUGUGCAAGUUCUUCAAGCCGAGCUUCACAAAUAUACCUCUCGCAAAGUGCGACAGAUUCCGCUCUACUCUGCGGAAACGCCGUUCAAAGGCGACUUUCACCGGCUUGCUCGACGGCUGUGCGGAAGGUCGGUAGGUCUCGUACUUGGCGGUGGUGGCGCCCGUGGUCUUGCUCAUGUUGGCGUCAUUCGUGCGCUGGAGGAGGCCGGCAUACCGAUCGACAUGGUCGGCGGAACCUCCAUAGGCGCAUUCAUUGGCGCUGUGUACGCCCAGGAUGCGGACGUGGUCCCGAUGUAUGGGCGUGUGAAGAAGUUCUCUGGUCGGAUGGGCAGCGUCUGGCGCUUUGUGCUCGACGUCACAUAUCCUUCGGCCUCUUACACCACCGGCCACGAGUUCAAUCGCGGCAUCUUCAAGACCUUUGGCGACAGCCAGAUCGAAGACUUCUGGCUGGACUUUUACUGCAACAGCACUAAUAUUAGCCGGUCACGCUCGGAGAUACACACCAGCGGGUAUGUGUGGAGGUACAUCCGCGCCUCGAUGAGUCUAGCUGGCCUACUACCGCCAAUGUGCGACGAAGGCAACAUGCUGCUCGACGGCGGCUACACCGACAACCUCACCGUCUCGCACAUGAAGUCCCUUGGUGCUGAGAUAAUCUUCGCAGUCGACGUCGGCGCGAUUGACGACGACAGUCCACAGGCAUACGGUGACAGCCUAUCCGGCUUCUGGGCCUCAGUCAACCGAUGGAACCCGUUCAGCACCUUCCCGAAUCCGCCUACACUAUCAGAAAUCCAAGCGCGGCUGGCGUACGUCAGCAGUGUGGACGCGCUGGAGCGGGCCAAGAACAUACCAGGAUGCCGGUACAUGAGGCCUCCGAUCGAGCCGUAUGGGACGCUAGAGUUUGGGAAGUUUGACGAGAUCUAUCAGGUUGGAUAUCAGUUUGGCAAGCGGUAUCUGGAGAAGUUGCGCCAGGAGGGGACGCUGCCUAUACAGGAGGAUACGGAGGAGAGGAAGAACCUUAGACGUACGAUGGCGCCAAGGCGGGCGAGUAUUUGAGUUUGUAUCAACUCGUACCUUCCUCGGUUACCCGCUCACUCGACGCUUUCACGUGACAACUUCACUUGACGCUCUCACUUGAUCAAUACUUUACUUCACG